AUGGGUGAACUUCACUACUUUCUUAGGAUUCAAGUCACUAAGACUGAUGCUGGUGGUCUAGUACUAUCCCAAGAGAAGUAUCUACCUAAGAAGGCAAAAAUGGAGAACUGCAAACCUUGCCACACACCCCCUACCAUCUUCGGAAGCUUGCAGCAUCUCAUUGCCACUAGUCCAGAACUUGCAUAUUGUGUAGGCAAGUUAUCACAGUUUAUGCAUACACUUUUAUAUGAACAUUGGAAGAUGGUCAAAAAGGUUGCUGAGGGGAGAGAUUCAGAUGAUAGAAAAUUCAUUGGAGGCUUCUGUGUCUUUCUUGGAAGCAAUCUUGUGUCAUGGAGUUCAAAGAAGUAA